AUGCCAGACGCCGUAGGCUUGGUCAUUCUGUUUGGUGACCAACCUUUGUCCAACUGGGGUGGAGUCUCAUGCUUGUUGAACAGGCUUAUCCAGGGUGUUAACCUUGAUCCUGAUCAAGUAGGUGAUGGAGAUCAAUAUGAGAGCAAAAAAAGUAGAAAGAAAAAGAAUAGUAAACUACAUGAGAAUGAGGGAAACCUGGAUACCGAGAUUUCUUCAUUGUCAGGAAAAGAGAGGAGAUCUCUUGUGGAACUCAAGGAAAAGAAGGUGGAAGAUAAAUCUUCUCAAUUAAGGACUUUGCCAAGUGGGUUGGUCAUCGAAGAUAUACAAAUGGGUAAAUCUGAUGGAAAAACUGCUGCUCCUGGAAAAAAGAUCAAGGUCCAUUUUAUUGGCAAGAUAAGAGGGAAUGGACUAGUAUUGGACUCAAACAUUGGCAAAAAGCCCUUCAGGUUUCGUCUAGGUGCUGAAGAUAUCAUUGAGGGAUGGAAUGUUGGUAUUGAGGGAAUGCGAGCUGGUGGCAAGAGAAGGCUUAUUAUCCCACCAUCAUUGGGUUAUGGAAGUGAAGGAGCUGGGGAGGUAGUACCACCGAACUCUUGGCUGGAAUAUGAAAUUGAAUUGGUUGCUGUCCGGUGA